UUAUGUGAAACGUUAGUUACGCUAUUUUUAUGCAGGUGAAUAUUUGGCUUCAGAUAUUAUUUUUAGCUCCUAAAAAUUACGUUGGUCCGGACCUCGAUGACCUCAUAGCUGCCUGCGACCCUGAUUGUAUGUUGUUUUGAAAAGAGUCCGAAAAAACAGUGAAAAACAAAAUGGUGAAACGAGAGGGCAGGUUGAUUCCACCUCCAGUGCAGUAGGUGGCAGCAGGCACGUUUCCUACAGCUAAGGACAUUUACUAAUUCAGUCGAAGAAGUCUUUCAUUACGUUCGCAUGAUUGCUGGAUACAGCUUCAGAAGUUUCAUGACAAGGAUCAUAUUUAUUAAGAUAUUCUCAUUUUUCUAAUCUGACAAAAUGCCCAAAUAUUACGAAGAUAAAGAAGAUGAUAACAAAGCGUGUGCGGGUGUCAGAGAAGACUUAAAAACGUGUCUCCUUCAGCACGACUGUGUUAUCAAGGAGGGGAAGAAGCCAAGCCAAUGUUUGAAAGAAGGUCACUGCAAAAGUCUGCAGGUGUCGUUCUUCGAAUGCAAGAGGUCCAUGCUGGAUAACAGAUCACGAUUCAGGGGCAGAAAGGGUUACUAAUGGGAAGAGAAUAACUGGAUGUGUAAUUGUACAUAACAAUGUAUAUAAAACAAUUUGAAAGCAACAUGAUCUUUUUAUUCAUUAGUAAAUAGCUUAAUAAAAUUAUAAUAGUAA